CGCUUUUGUACAUCUUGCAUACAAGAAAAGCAAUACCAUUCUACCUUAAACUUUGCGCAAAGUUUAGCCUCAAGAACGCCGAUCCAUCGGUUUUUGCAACUAUUGUGAUAGAUCGUGCGACUGGAUGUCGCCUGUUGUUUUUCCCACGCAGCCAUGAGGAGUCCGUUACACGUUAGUUGGUCUGAUUUGUUACUGCUGCUUCUGCUGCUGUUGCUUGCGACUCUGACGUUUGCGCAGUAUGCACCAGAAUGUUACCCAGGAGGCCAUCGUACAUUGCGGAACCCUUAUCGCAGCAUCGCCUUUGACUCCACUGAGAUCCAGAACACAGCUAUUCAGGAUUUGGUCUGUGACCAUUCUCUGGCACCUGGCUGGUACCGAUUCAAGCUCAACAACAAGCCAGCCGAGAUGCCAACCACCUGCGUUGAGAUGAAUCGUUGCGGGACGCAGGCGCCUGUGUGGCUCUCGCUGAAGGACAAGUCUUUGCCACGGCCUGGCGAGGUACUCCAGUUGUCUGCCUGUGCCACAUGGCAAUUCUUUCAUGGCAGCACUAAAGACUGCUGCCUCUUCCGCAUCCCUAUCACGAUACGCAACUGUGGCGACUUCCUGAUCUACUAUCUGCAGCCCACUCAAGGAUGUAUGGGGUACUGCGCCCAAGUUGCUCCAACUUUGCCGCCCAGAUUCUGUCUACCAGGUGAGGUGGAGAUCAACGGCCGUUGCAAAGGUGUUCUCCCAUCGUUGCUGUCACGGCCGCUCAUCAGCUCAGAGCUAAUCGGUCACAGCGUUCACCUGAGGUGCUCUUUCAUCCCGCCGCCGUCCAAUGAACCGCUAGGCUUCCGUGUGGUUUGGGCACGGCACAUCAGCUCCAGCAUGAAGGCUGAGAUUCGCCAGGAGUCCACAUUGAAGCACUUCUCGCUGGUGGAGAUGGACGGUCUUCACUUCAGGCUCGGAGAGACGUAUUCAUGUAGUGUUUCAACAUUCCAAGUCAAUGUCACCAGUAGUAGAUCUUCUCCCAGGGAGAGUGAGGCUUUCUACGCCGGGCUGAAGUUUUCUGUGGAGUCACUCCACAUAGCAGAGAAUGGCGAGGAGCAUGAGGUCAAAGUCCACAGCACGGUGCCACUUUCUUGUUACGACGUCAAUCAGUGCGGUAUCCCUCUGGUUCUGGGUGUUCACGACUCAGAUGGCCUCGGACAUGAGGUCCCCAAUGUGGUGGUGUCCACCUGCCAGGUGCUGCUACGUUCAACCGCCUGCAGCGAGGGAAGCUGUGGCCAGGCAUCAUUCUUCGUUACCGCCGUCACUGACUUCACACGUGACGGGAACCGGAUCAGUUUGAUAAGCUCCCUGCCUGAGAAUGGUGCUCCACAACUGUGGAGGAGCUACAUUCCAAAGUCUCUGAAAGUCACAGUUCAGGAUGUUCCCACCUCCAUCUGCUACUCACUGACAGACCCACAUGUAAUUACACUGGAUGGCAGGCACUACGACAACCAGCAGACUGGCACCUUUGUGUUGUAUAGAAGCCUCGUUAGGGAAUUUGAGGUCCACUCUCGGCAGUGGGACUGCGGCAGCCGACAUCACACCGUGGCUUGCAGUUGUGGCGUAGCGGCACGAGAGGGUAAUGGUGUCGCUAUCAUUGACAUGUGCAAUGGCCAACUGCAGGAAACAAGGCCAAAGAUUACUGUGAAAGUUCUUGGUGGUGAGCACGGCAAUGGCCGUCGUCUCCGAGUGCUGGAUUAUCACCAGGGAAAGAAGGUCACUAUUAUCUUUCCAUCCGGGGCCUUUGUCCGAGCCGAUGUUGGCGACUGGGGGAUGAGCUUGUCUAUCCGGGCACCAAGUGUUGACUAUGGCAACACGCAAGGGCUUUGUGGCACCUUUGAUCACAACAUCAACAACGACAUCCAUGGCUACAAGGGAGUGCAUGACGACUUGCAUGCAUUUAUAGAGGACUGGAGGAUAGCUCCUGGAGAGAGUUUAUUUGAUAAAAUGCCUCCAGGCUUGAGAAGCGAGGAAAAUAGACCUUUCUGCCGGUGCCAGAAAGGCUACAGUUCUUUUCGUGGAGCAGCAGGGAAUAUGGCUGAUCCAUCCAUUCUCACUGACUGCAUUGCACAGGAUAAUGUGGAUGAUACAAAUUUGUUCCCUUCACUGGACACAACUUUGGAAUACAUCAAAAGUCCAGAAAGAGAGGGAAACAUCCUCAACAUGUCCUCCAGUCAGUACUUCGUGGGAAGGGCUUCUCAUUACAAUGCCCAUAAUGAUGAAGAUUUCAGAGAUGACCAACGGCUUUCUGAUGACAGAAUGAGGAGGCAGACAAUGUUCAAGAUGGAGCCAGCCUCUCAAAGCAUCAGUCAGGCUGACCUGGCGCACCUUGCCUAUUUCUUUCCAGAAGAUCAUCUUAUUAAGCGGCGGCCAGAGGUCCAACCUCGAUGGCCCACGCCAAGUGGCCUGUCUUCUGGCAAAGCGCUGGAGGUGUGCCAUGUAGUUUUAUCCAACUCUACAGUUGGAACCGUGUGCCGUGGGCUACUGGGACGUCGCCUUGAAGAGGCUGUGAAUCUCUGCAUGCUGGACCUACAGUUAAAAGAUGACCUGGCCUGGGAAGAUGCAAUGCUGCCCUACCUUGAGAAUGAGUGCGAGAGGAGGCUGCUAGACAAUCGGGCCCAGGGAGACCACGGGAUGCUUAGUCACCUUGGGGACGUGGUAAAAGCACUGCAAUGCCCGAAUUACUGCAAUGGCAAUGGAGAGUGCACAGAGUUUGGUUGCCAGUGUCACAAAAGCUUCAGCUUAUAUGACUGCAGCGUAACCAUUGGCCAGCCAGUAGAGCUAAGUGAUCUGGAAAAUGGCGGCCUCUGUGACCUCAGAGCAUUCGACUGCCACAAGGUCAGAGUCUUUGGACUGGGUUUCAUCAAGUCAGACGACCUGAGCUGCCAUGCCACCAGACUUAAAUAUGUAAAUGGCAUUUGGAUUCCAAGGGAAAAACAGAAGACAAAAGCAACUUUCCUCAGUUCCAAAGCAUUGGACUGUGGCAUCCCCUCGUUGAGCAGUGCAGCCGUUAGCACAGAAGACUUCAUGAUGGAUAAUCAACCGUAUGCACGGUGGGAAAUCCAGGUAACCAACGAUGGCUCUCAGUACAGUUUACCCAAGGUGCUGACAAUCUAUGAUGGUAUUUGUCAGGUGUGCACUGCAUCUCACUCAGGAACCUGUGAAUUAAAGGACAGGACGUGUAACAUUGACGGAAUGUGCUUUGCAGAAGGACACACAAACCCAGGAAGUCCGUGCCUGAUCUGUGACCCGAACACCUCCACAUUUACCUGGUCAUUCAACCAAGUCAACCAGCCGCCAACAUUCCAUCAACCUCAGGGUGAAGUGCGUACAUUCGCCGGAGAGAACUUUGUCUUCCAGUUUGCGGCCUCAGACCCAGAGGGCUCAGCACUGCUCUUUCAGUUGGUCAAUGGACCAAAUGGUGCUAUCCUUUCGCCAGCUGGGCUUCUUAUUUGGAAGGUGCCAGCAUUUCCCAAUGAGGAGCAGCAUCAGUCAACAUUUGACUUCACACUAUCAGAUGAGUGCAAUGCUCAAGACACCUUCACAGUUCAGAUCCAGGUGGUGCCAUGCGGAUGUCAGAAUGGAGGUACAUGUGUGACUGAUUUCACCUUCCCUGCUGGCAGUGGCAAGUACCUGUGUGAAUGUCCUAAUGGGAAACAAGGAAACCACUGCCAUGAAGAUGUAGACAAAUGUUUGUCAGCACCUUGCAGGGCGGGAACAUGCGUUAACACUGUUAGCGGAUUCAGAUGCAACUGUCCUGUAGGCCUGACAGGCGCAACAUGCGAGGAAGAUGUAGAUGAGUGUAAGUGGACACCCUGUUUCCCAGGAGUCCAAUGUUUCAACAGUUAUGGUUCCUAUCACUGUGGUCCAUGUCCCAUGGGAAUGAAGGGUAAUGGUACAAAUUGCAUUGUGAACAUGAGGCCUGUGACCAUCACGUCCACGUUGGGGUCAAGAACCACUGUCCACAAGGUUAAAGACACGAUGUUGCAGAACCAAACUCAAUUUGACCAGAGAACCCUGGUCACUAGGAUCAUGGCAAGAUAUAAACUGCCUGAAGAGCCACAGCCUCAACACACAACUUGGAGGAAGGCUUCAGUAAUUGGCCUCAGCUCUGUCUCCCAUAGUCAUACAACCAGUGACACUUCCAAAAAUACAACCAGCCAAACACCUGAGGUAGUCCAGGUUGCUCCAUCACAAAUCAGCAACACUAAUGAGAAAACAAGUGAGAUACAAAUCUCACCAAAAGCAGCUGCAGCAACAUGCAACAGCAGACCUUGCUUUCCUGGUGUUCAAUGCAUCAACAAACGGCCGCCACAUGUUGGCUAUGUUUGUGGCCGCUGCCCACCUGGCCUUUAUGGAAAUGGACGAAUAUGCAUGAAGAGUGCCAAGGCGGCAUCCGAACAUCUUUUGCAGAAAACAGGUCAAAGGAGACGAUUCCUACAUAGCAGCAGCAAAGUGUCCAGCCCCCACUUACCUGCCCUUCCUUCCAGAGGAGGCAUCAAACACUUGUCUGUCAAUCUAGAUACCACACUACGUCAGGCCCCAGCUGUUGGAGGGGGAGGUGGCAACUUAAGGAGGGAGGUGAACACUUUUGAUGUUGUUCGAUCAACAGUCAGUGCUGUUUCUAUUGCCCCCACCUAUAGUGACAACACCAGAUCCUCUGAGGGGUUUUUGAAACCCUAUGUGACAGUUCCAAAACUGUCUGAACAAACUGCACCCUCCAGAGUAACUCCAGCCUCUCCUCGCCUGAUACCUCAAUCUGUCCUUGUAACAAAGGCCAAACAGACAACCCAUCCCUUUAUCAACUAUAUUGUGUCUACUAGAACCAAACCUUGGAUAUCUCUGAAACCAGCACAGCCUCUAAUGGGAACUUUUGGAACUUUGUCUUAUUCUCUGCCCGAGACUGGGUCAUUUGCAGACAAGGAGGAGGCAACAAUGACCCUGUCAACUCCAAAUCAUAUCCCACUUGUACAGAAAGCGUCUUCCAUCCACACAUGGUUCAGUAGUGGUGUGACGAGUAAGAAAAACUUGGUGCCAUGCGCUGACAGACCAUGUUUUCCUGGUGUCCUGUGCAAUGCAUCAUUGGAUGGUAGUUUCCACUGCGGCCACUGUCCAAUUGGGUUCACUGGUGAUGGAAAGACAUGUCGAGCUGUUUGCAAACACACCUGUGGACAGAACAUGGAAUGUGCAGCUCCCAACAUUUGUCUGUGCAAGGCGGGUUACACUGGUUCAGACUGUAAAACUGCGAUAUGUGAUCCUGUGUGUGUGAAUGGGGGAACAUGUAUCGCUCCCGGGGUGUGUGAGUGUCCCAUUGGGUUUCAUGGAGAGACAUGUCAAGAAGCUCUGUGCAGGUUGGCGUGUGAAAAUGGAGGUACAUGCACAGGAUUGCAGACAUGCUCAUGCCCUUAUGGUUUUGUUGGACCGCGAUGUGAGACCAUGAUUUGCAGCCGUCACUGUCACAAUGGUGGCCGGUGUGUCUCGCCAGAUGAGUGCAAGUGUCAGUCUGGCUGGAGUGGACCUUUGUGUGAGACAGCUCUUUGCACUCCUUUCUGCCUGAAUGGCGGUGUGUGCAUUCAGCCCAAUACCUGUGAGUGUCCUCGCAGUUUCUACGGCGCCCAGUGUCAAAAUGCCAUCUGCACGCCGCCCUGCAAAAAUGGUGGUCGGUGCAUGAGGAAUAACGUGUGUUCGUGCCCGCAAGGAUACACUGGGAGACUAUGUGAACAAAGCGUGUGCGAGCACAUGUGCAUAAAUGGUGGCCGAUGCGUGCGUCCGAAUGUAUGCGACUGUCCGUCAGGUUGGAGAGGAAACAGAUGUGACAAGCCCAUCUGCGAGCAAAAUUGUUUGAACGGGGCUGAAUGCGUGGGGCCAAACACCUGCCAAUGCGCACCAGGCUGGCACGGAAUGUUUUGCAACAUUCCUCAUUGUCAGCAAAAAUGUUCAUAUGGCAGCCGCUGUGUGAAGCCCAACUUCUGUGCGUGUCAGAGCGGACUUGCAGGUGCUCCCUGCAAAAGGAAGCUGUCAAUUUAGGUAAUGGGUCAAGGUUGGGUUGAUCCAUGUGCAUCUGUUAAUCUUCGUCCUCCCCUGCUGUCUUCAAACCAGUAGCUGAAGAGUCGUUUCCUGGAGAGCAUGCCAUCCAAAUGAGGCAACUGUCUCUUUGCAAAACAAAGAUACCAUGAUGUACCAUCUAAGUCCACAAAUUUGUGUCCACAGCACAUUUUUAUGAUUGUUAAACUUCCCAUUUAUUUAUUUGUUGCUGGUGUUUGCGUAUUUAUCUAAAUCCUAUAGAAUUCAUGGUGACUUUAAGUGAUAGUUCUUUUGUAAAAAUAAAAAUAAAUAAUCUGUUGUUUUUCUUGAGGAAGGAAACAUAAUUUAGCUACGUUUUUUUCACCAUUUUCUGAAAAUAAAUGCUUGCAACAAUUUUAUCACUUGGAAUUUACUCAAACCUACACCUGUUAUUGUAAACAUUUGAUCAAUUAAUAAUGUUACACUAGUUGUAGUAAUGUUUUUCUCCAGAAAGUGAAUAGGCCGCUGUGCAAAAUUUUAAGUUGUGACUCUCAUCUUGUCCCAAUAGGAGGGCACCACAGCAAUUGUAUUACUACAAACAAUGGUGCCUUAUUAAAAUAAUGAAACAUUUAAUACAAUGCAAAGAAAGAUUGUACUUGUUUAAAUUGAUAAAAGUGGUGUUUUGCGCUGAAGCAGCAACAGAGAACAUUUGACUUUGCUGCCCAGGUUCAGGGCCAGCAGGUCGCAAGGAAAUGAGGAUUAAAAGCUUAAUCAGGCCACAUUAGCUCUGCACCACUUCCACUGUGAUGUCCAGCAAAUGAUGAAAGCUAAGCUUUGCUGGAGCGUUUGUUGGUGGUUUCAAGCUCUUUUAACUGCGACCGCACUGGAGACAUUUGCGAGUGAAUUUUCAUGGCUGAAUAUUUCGCAGCUUAAUGUUUGCCACUGGGAUUUUUGCUUGAGUUGGAAAAAUUA